UCUGCCAGUUUGAAGUGCUUGUUCGCCAGCACCGCGCACCUGGAGGUGGACUUCAUAGGGUACAUGCUACGCCCAGGAGAAGCAGUGGACGUGCCCAUCACCUUCUAUCCCAGAGAGAUUGCAUCUUACCACGAGCUUAUCCCUUUUGAAAUCAAUGGUCUUUGCCAGCAGACUGUUGAGGUCCGAGGAAAGGGCAUAGAAAUGAAGGUUGACGUUGUGGAACCGCAAGGAAAAGUGGUGAAGCUGGGAGCUCUUUCCAUCGGGCAGACGGUGAAGAAGUUUGUCACCAUAGCCAACAACAGCGCUGCCCCUCUCACUUUUAAGCUCGGUCUCAUGUCCACCACACCAGAGCUGCAAGAAGCUGGGGUUCUCUCCUUAAACCCCUCCCACGAAAUAAGUCUGAAGCCCAAAGGAGACACCUGUAAAGUGGAGGUGACCUUCUCCCCGAAGCGCCGCAUCCAGCCGUUCACCGAAGAAGUGGUGUUGGAGUGCGGCGGGCUGGUGCGCUCCCUCUUCAUGGUGCGGGGCUCCUGCCAGGGCGUCCACGUGAGCUUGGACCAGGAACACCUCAGCUUUGGAGCGGUGGUGCAGCAGGGCUACACAUCCCAGCGCGUCAUCAUGCAGAACACAGGCGACGUAGGAGUCAAGUUUAAGUGGGACACCGAGAGCUUCAAGCCGGAUUUCUCCAUCAGCCCCGCAAAGGGUUACAUCUCCCCGGGAAUGGAAGUCCCCUUGGUUGUGACCUUCCACCCUCCUAAGCUGAACCACAACAUCCAGUACGAGGGCCUGCAGUGCUUCAUCCAGGGCGGCGAGCCGCUCCGGCUUACGCUGACAGGAUGCUGCGAGGACACCCCUGUGACCAAAGAGACACUGACUUUCUCAUGCGACGUGCGCGAGGAGCACAGCCAGAUCAUCCUCCUCUCCAACCCGAGCAACGAGACCUGGGCUGUGCGACCCGUCAUUGACGGGGAACACUGGAAGGGCCCUGAAGUUUUCCAUCUGGAGCCCAAUCAACAACAAAAGCCCUACAAGAUCAUUUACAAGCCCUUAACCAUGAGCUCGAAGAAUAAAAAGCAUCAGGGCUCCAUCUUCUUCCCAUUGCCGGAUGGGACAGGCUUGUACUACCUCCUGCAAGGGACUGCUGAGACCCCAAAGUGUUCGGGCACCAUUUUCCGGCAGGUGCCGUGUAGGACUUCCUACACUGAGAUCAUCCCUGUCUCCAACUGGUUGAACAGACCGCAGAGGUUCCUCGUGGUGGUGGACAUACUCAAACCAGAACACCCAGAUAACAGUUCCAGGCUGCAGGGGCUGAAAUACAUUGACGUGCCAAGUUCUGCCACGACGGACUACAAGCUCACAUUCCUCUCCUACAAAGAAGGAGUCUUUGAAGCGACGCUGACUUUCCUCAACGAGGUGACCGAGGAGUACUUGUUCUACAUGGUGACUUUCAAAGCCGUCGCUUCGGAACCCGUCAGCACUGUUGAAAUGACCACAGCUGUUCGGCAGAGAGUUUCUUCCACCAUCAAAGUGGACAACCCUCUGCCUGACCCAGUGACAUUCACCAUAGAUUGCGAAGUGUCCGAAAUCUACGUUCCCCCACAUUUCACCGUUCCUGCGCAGUCGGAGGCCGACCUCGUUUUUGAGUACCUGCCCUUGAAAAUGGGUGAGAGCACCGGGCGCCUGGUGCUCCAGAGCAGCAGCUUGGGCUCUUCCUACUACAACCUGCACCUGAAAGCCACCAAGAGCAGACCAGAGAAGCCCCUCUACUUCUCCACCACACUGGGCUCUAGUCAGACCAUCACCACCAAAAUCACAAAUUACGCCCGGCAGAAGACAGACUACCUCCUCCAG